UAUUGAUACUUUUCAUAAAAAAAGCACAAUGUGGGAUUCCUUUUAAAUGGAAAGAUUAAGAUACCUUUGAACUCUGCUUUACAUUCUUCUCACUAAGGAUUUAGGGGACAUUUUGAAUAGACAAACAACUUCCAGGGAUGUCUCAAUCACAGGACUGCUCCUCAAAAUGGUGACAAGGUGAAAAGUUUAUUGUGAAAUACCUGGGUACGAAGGCUGAACCCCAUGGCUAUACCAGUGCAAAACAGUGUCAAUAAUUCAUGAGGGCUGGCAUCCUUGUGCAUGCGAGGACUUGAAGUCCAUGGAGAUCAUAAUGGAACGUGGCCCUCAAGAUAUCAUAUUUUGUAAAACUAUUUCCCAGGUGGACAACAGGCUGCUCUCCAUUCACAUACAUAAUUUAGUGGUGUGGUUUAUUAAAAUGCAGCAUCAAAAAGCUGUUUGGCAUACCUUUCAGAAAUGAUGUCUCUGUCUAGAAGUUUGGAUAGCGCUGCCAACAUAGCCCUUAUUUGUUUUCAUGUCAUAGUGGUCACCUUAGGAGUUUCUUUGAAUGGAAUAGUAGUAGUGACCAUUUUGUCCACCAAGGCAUUACGAUCAGAAAACAGGUUCCUCUACAUAUUCAACACCUGUAUAAGUGAUUUGCUAUUAGGAAUGGUUUGGUUUUACAUAGCUCUGUUUCAGUCUCAGGAAGAUCAACUUGGAACAGCCAUCAGCCAAAUGAUUAUGUACAACCUGAUGGGUGUAAUCUUCUUGACAAUUCUGUCUUCUCAGUCAGAGCGUUACUUUGCUGUGGUCUAUCCAUUCAGGUACAUGAGCAUCAUGACUAAAGGUCGGACCACUGCAGUUCUGGUCUUCUGCUGGGUUUUUGUCUUAUCUAUGAGAUUAUUUUACGGUCUUCUUGGAAAGUCAACCACUUCUGCUGUUAGAGGCAUCACCAAUAUUAUUAGCAAUUUAGCCAUUUUCAUCAUUAUUGUUGGUUUUAAUUUGAAGCUGUUCCUAAUAGCCAAAGGUCAACAAGAGAGAGAGUUUCUUGGCCUUCAGGAUACCAAAAAGUCCUCACUCAGGCUUAUUAUUAUAGUGUCCUGUACCUUCCUACUCUUUUGGACUCCUUCCAGUGUACGAGAGUGCGUCUGCAGCUUCUACAGUUGUGUAAUAUAUGAGAAAUAUGCUACAGACCCUUUUAAGAUCCUAAUUAUUAUUACAUCUGUCACAAAUCCCAUGUUGUUCUUGUGGGGGAGUCAAGCUAUCCGUGAAGCCUUUUGGAAAAUCCAUGCAGUCUGCAAACUCUGCAAGAGGCAGAUUGACCCGCAGAUGCCAGCCGUCGCUAACAUCUCUGGAAGACAAAAAUAAAGGUUUAUUCAAUUCCAUUAAAAUGUUAAAUAAAUAAAUCAAGAGCU